AUGAAUUCAACUCUAUUGUUAAUAGCCGCAAUUGUCGCGUUAACUCGGGCGCAAACUAUCGACGAGUGUCUCACGAGUGAUAGUAUAUCUUGCAUACAGACGAUUUUGUUCAGAAAGGCUAAGGAAUUCUUUAAUAAGGAUAGUUUGGAAAUUAUCGCUGGAGUAAGUCUUGUCAAAGAACAUAAUAGUCGAGUACCGAGGAGCAGAAACGACUUGAUCUAUGAACAGCAAAUCGAAAAAGCCGACAAUGUGGUCACGAGGCAAGAUACUCUGAAGCAGUUCAUGGAGCAAGUGGCCAUCGACAUUUCUAAAGGGCGUAGCUUGAAGAUAAGCUUUACGCCACUUCUUGACAAAAUACGAGCAACUGCGCGAGCUGUAACCAAGUUGAUUCCAGCAGAGAUUCGUCAAGUUGCAGAUGAUGUCGAAGGUCGGGGCAAGAAGAAACACAUAAAACACAUGAUGCCAUUUCUGAUGGCCGCGAAAGCCAAAUUUGGUUUGUUAAUGACAAUGUCGUACUUUGCUAUUGCCUUAUUAGCCAAAAAAGCAAUGCUUGCAGCAGCAAUUGCAAUUGCCAUCUCGAUUUUUUUGGCAUUGAAAUCAUAUCAUCAUCACAAGCCCGAAAAAUACGAGCAUCAUGAGUACCAUGAACAUCACAAAAAACACGAUGAUCAUCAUCAUCAUGGAAGCUCCUUAUCGUCAAGUUGGUCGGUACCAGCAACUAAUAGUUGGUCUGCUAGUGCGGGCUGGGAAGAUGGCGCUUAUUCAGCACAGACUCAAGCUUAUUCCUCUUAUAAUCGUUGAUCAAUAUAAUUAAUGAGUUUUUACGAAUUUGUACUAGAACAAAAAAAUGUUUGAUAAUCAGAGGUAGAUUUGAAUAAUUAAUUUAAUGUAAAUCAUCGUUUAAUUGAUGUAAAAUUUUAUUGU